AUGACAUGCGUACCAAAAGAGUCCUUGUUUGAAAACUUGAGCGAAAUACCUCUUGAUCCGCAUUACGCUCUCAAAGAACUAUUCCGUGCCGACACUCAUCCGAAAAAGGUCAUCCUCGGAUCCGGUCUGUACCGUGAUGACAACUCGGAGCCAUGGGUGCUUCCAACGGUGCAGAAAGCCGAAGAAGUAGUCAAGAAGACCCAGGAUUCCGGUCGUUACGAAUACUUGCCCAUCUCCGGACUGGCACCCUUCGUCUCGGCCGCUCGACAGGUCCUUUUCGGACCCCUGGGCAGCAAGGAGGCUCGCGUCGUCUCGCUGCAGACCAUAUCCGGCACCGGUGCCAACUUCCUCGGGGCAAAGUUCCUGGCAGAAACUCUCAAACCGUCGGCCGUGUGGCUCUCGGAUCCUAGCUGGGUCAACCACGCCAACAUCUGGGGCCUCGCCGGCGUCCAGGUAAGGCGAUACCCGUACUGGGACGCCACGAACAAGCGGCUCGACUUUGAGCACAUGAUUCAACGGCUCGAGACGGCGGCAGCCCCCGGCGAUGUCGUCCUGCUACACGCGUGUGCCCACAAUCCCACCGGCGUCGACCCGACCAAGGACCAGUGGACAAGAGUGGCGGAUGUCUGUGAGAAGAAGGGGCUGUUCCCGUUCUUCGAUUGUGCCUACCAGGGAUUCGCGAGCGGAGACCUCGCCGAGGAUGCCUGGGCCGUACGGCAUUUCCUGGGGCGUGACACGCUCGAGAUGGCCGUUGCCCAGUCCUUCUCCAAGAACAUGGGGCUCUAUGGAGAGAGGGUUGGCGCGCUGCAUCUGCUCUGCCGGACGUCGAUGGCGGCCGACAAGGCCAAAGGCCACCUCUCGCGCUUCCAGAGAGGGCAAAUCUCACAGCCUCCCACGACGGGGGCCAGGUUGGCCGCUACGAUUCUCGCUGACCCUGAACUAUUCCAGGAGUGGCUCUUGGAUCUCGGAGAGAUGAGCGGGCGGAUUAGACAAAUGCGCAGAGCACUCCAUGACGAGCUCGUCGCCAUGGGUACUCCUGGGCGGUGGGAUCAUGUCAUCUCGCAGAUCGGCAUGUUCUCCUAUACGGGCUUGACGCCGGAACAGGUUGCCUCUAUUCAAGAGAAUAGCCACGUGUAUAUUUUGAAAUCUGGCCGAAUCUCGGUUGCUGGAUUGAACACCAACAACGUCAAGCAUGUGGCAGAGGCCAUUGACGCUGCAGUGCGGACGCAUCCGUUCUGA